AUGGCCUCCGCAUCCACCACCGACGACUUCACCGUCAAGGCCGGUCUCGCCCAAAUGCUCAAAGGCGGCGUGAUCAUGGACGUGACCACUCCUGCCGAGGCCCGCAUCGCCGAAGAAGCCGGCGCAUGCGCCGUCAUGGCCCUCGAGCGCAUCCCCUCGGACAUCCGCGCCGCCGGCGGCGUAGCGCGCAUGUCCAACCCAUCCAUGGUCAAGGAGAUCCAAGCCGCGGUCACCAUCCCCGUCAUGGCCAAGGCGCGCAUCGGCCACGUGGUCGAGUGCCGCAUCCUGCAACAGCUGGGCGUCGACUACAUUGACGAGUCCGAAGUGCUUACCCCGGCCGAUGACCAGUUCCACGUGCAGAAGGACGGGUUCAAGGUCCCGUUUGUGUGCGGAUGCAGGAACCUCGGCGAGGCCCUCAGGAGAAUCAAGGAGGGCGCGGCCAUGAUCAGGACCAAGGGCGAGGCCGGCACGGGUGAUGUGGUUGAGGCCGUUAAGCAUAUCAGGACGGUCAACGCGGAGAUUGCGCAGGCCAAGGCCGCGCUAGCGAGCGGAGGGGAGCUGGCGGUGGCCAAGCUGGCGAGGGAGAUUGGGUGCGAUGUUGAGCUGCUUAAGACGACGGCCGAGCUCGGCAGGUUGCCGGUGGUCAACUUUGCAGCGGGAGGUGUGGCGACGCCGGCGGACGCGGCGCUCAUGAUGGAGUUGGGCUGCGAUGGUGUUUUUGUUGGCAGUGGUAUCUUUAAGGAUGCGAAGACGCCUGAGCAUGCGGCGCAGAGGGCGAGGGCGAUUGUCAAGGCUGUGGCUCACUGGAAUGAUUAUGGUGAGUUGGUGGAGGCGUGCAUUGAGCACGGUGAGGCUAUGAAGGGUAUUAGCAAUGCGGGCAUGAAGCCUGAGGAGAGAAUGGCCGGAAGGGGUUGGUAA